CCGCCAUUUCUCAGCUCCUUCCCAACCUAUCAGAGCUCAGCCUGCAGGCCUAUCACGUGACCGACACGGCCAUGGCCUACUUCACCGCCAAGCAAGGCUACACCACCCACACGCUGCGUCUGAACUCCUGCUGGGAGAUCACCAACCAUGGCGUAGUUAACAUGGUGCACAGCCUGCCAAACCUCACCUCCCUCAGCCUGUCAGGCUGCUCGAAGAUCACAGACGAUGGCGUGGAAUUGGUUGCCGAGAAUCUGAGGAAGCUCCGGAGUCUGGAUCUGUCCUGGUGCCCCCGCAUCACUGACAUGGCCCUGGAGUAUAUCGCCUGUGACCUACACAAGCUGGAGGAGCUGGUUCUGGACCGGUGUGUGCGGAUCACAGAUACAGGCCUGGGUUACUUAUCUACCAUGUCAACUCUGAGAAGUCUCUACCUGCGCUGGUGCUGUCAGGUGCAAGACUUUGGGUUACAGCAUCUAUAUGGAAUGAGGAGUCUUCGUCUUCUCUCUCUAGCAGGGUGCCCUCUGCUGACCACUACUGGCCUGUCAGGCCUGAUCCAACUGCAGGACCUAGAGGAGCUGGAACUGACCAACUGCCCUGGCGCCACAGCCGAACUCUUCAAAUACUACUCCCAGCAUCUGCCGCGCUGCAUGGUCAUCGAGUAGAGCAAAGAGUUUCAUGGGCACUAGCACCCACCACAUCACCAAAACCUCCUCCUACAGACUGAUGAUAAACCCCUCUUCAUCCUGGACCCACAGGAAGAAUCAACGAGAGAAACUGAAUGGAAGUUUGUUUUUGUUUUUUUUCUGGAGGGGUGAAUAGGUAUCAUUGACAUGGAAAAUAAAAAGGGAAAUCUGAAAGAAAAGGUCGGAACGGGCCUGGACUGACGAGCGAGAGGGAUCAUGUACAAAGCGCAGUGGGUCAGAGGCUAGAUCUUUCAUUAAAUAACAUAAAACAUAGGAAUCAGCCCCCACACAUACAUGAAACAUGUUCCUCCAACUGAACUGUGAGACUAGCUUCCAUGUCUCAUCCAAAACGGUUUAUCUUGAAGUGACGAAGGUGUGCGCUGCCUGUUUGAGCUGUCUCUCAUAUCCAGGGAAAGGUAGAGAGGAACCGAAACGUUUAAGGGAAAGAACGAGGUUAAGGAGCCACUGCAACAGGGUCUCUUCGCUUUUGUCCAGCGGCAUCCGGGUUUCUCGCUCCCCUCAGUGGUGCUGCCGCUCCAUCUCUGUGUCUUAUCAAGGGAAAAAAUCAAGAACUUUAGAGAUGAACAGCUACGUAGAUUUUCACAUCAACGCUACUUGCUUUUUGUCAUGCAGUUCUCUUUUUGUCUUUUCUUUUUUAAAUAUUAUUUUUUUAAGUAUUAUUUUUGAUGAUAAGGAUUACUGUGAAACAUGGUAUGAGUUCGAGGUUUCGGACUCUUUGAAUAAGACGGAAAUCCAGGUACGGUGAAGGUACAGUAUUGAGGUACUGUCCUUUGAAAGGAACCAGCAUAAUCAGAAGUCAGGAGGUUAUUUUUUCCCAGCAGAUUGCUCUUUUAAAGACAUUUCCAGAUAUUUGAGUCGGGGAGAGCGGGGUGGAUCGGAACUGCUCAUACAUUUUAAUAUAGUUCAGAGGGACUGUGGUUUGUACAAAAGAUAGUUUGGCUUUUUCAUCUGCCUGUUUUAUUUUAAUUCCAUUUUGAUGUCAAUUGACAUUAGUGGCUUAUGUGCAGGUUUCCAUAUUAAUCCUGAUUCAAAUGAAGAUGAGAUCUCCGAGUGAUCCCAUAAUGCAGCUGGGCCACGUGACAGCCUUUCACAGACUGAAACUGCACGUCAUUGCUUACUUGUCACCAGGCCAAACCAUUACAGCAGCGGACAGCAUGGCAGUUCUACCAUAGUUUCUUACAGUACGGGUGCAGUGUCUCUUUCAGCCCGAGUGCUUUUAAAUACAUCUGAUGAAUACGGUUUACAGUGAUUUGCAUCAAAUGCAGAGGCAGGCCAGUGUAAUUAAAGUGAUCACAAACAUCCCACACAAGCUUAUUACAGUAGUCUCUCUUCAUCUAGCAGUUUUGCUUUCCCAUUAAGCAAGACCCACAUGUCUGGUUUUAGAUUAGUAGCGCCUCUUUUUAUUUUCAGAGGUGCUGAUUUCUUCACCUUCACAGUUGUGCUCAUCUGUGGUGCCUACCUCAUUGUAUCACUGGGUAUGUAGAAUACAGGUCCGCAGGGGAAUUCGCAGAAACCAGUCAUUUGUUCUUUUCCAACCCACUCCAUAGCCCAUACCGAACCCUGCAUUUGUUCACUCAGGAGAUUAAUGUGCUGCUCAGAUCAUCUCAGAUGGGUCUGCUGUGAUGUUGAUGACUUUAAUGUUCACCUACUCUCAAACUCAACACAUGCAAAGUGGCAGAAUAAAUGGCAUGGUGCACAAUUUUGGAGUCUUAGAUUGGCGAAUAAUUUAUUUAAAAGCAACCUCUAAGUUCUAACUAGUGAAAUGUGUUUACCUCUGAAUAUUAUAAUCAUCUGUGGACAGAUAUGGUAGCAGUGCAUGGAAUUUGCCACUUUUUUUCUUCAGGUAAUUGUACAGAAAUGUACUAGUGAACUUUGAAAUUUCAGGCAUGCUGUCCCACUCAAACCACUGGUUUGGCUGGUUAGCACCCCUGCUGGUACAUGCCUGAACUACAUCAUCUGGAUGCAAAAAGCAUAUUUCUCAAGUGAUGGCCAUUCAAAAUUAGCAACAUAUUUUGACUUAAUAACUAUCUUUUAAAAACAACGGUUCCUAGAGCAUAGAACCAAGCAUAUUGCAUAGAA